AUGGUGAAUAUUGUUAACGUUGCUUUGGGCUUGUUGCUGCUGCUGCUGCUGUCUCUGAACCGAAGCCACUCUUCUUCUCCUGAGAGCCUUGCUAGAAUCCUGGCAGAUUGUUUGAAUGAUGCAGACUACAAAGCACUAGAAAACAUAAUGGAGAAAGGCCUUCCAAAAAUAACUGAACCUCAUCGUGUUGUUAUCGUUGGGGCUGGCAUGGCUGGACUCACUGCUGCCAAACUUCUGCAAGACGCUGGACAUGAGGUAACCAUUUUGGAGGCAAGUGAGCGCGUUGGAGGACGGGUGUUGACCCACAGGAAUGAAGAAGAGGGCUGGUAUGUCGAAUAUGGGGCCAUGAGGAUCCCAAGUUCUCAUCACAUUCUGCUGAAGAUUAUCCACCAACUGAACCUGACAGUGAAUACAUUCAAUAUGACUGAUGACAACACCUAUUACCUGGUGAAUGGGAAUAGGCACAAGACUUCAGAAGUGAUGAAAAAUCCCAGCAUCCUGAAUUAUGACCUACCAGCGAACGAGACAAAUAAAAACGCCAGUGAGCUGCUGCAGGAGGCAUUACUGGAGGUGAAAGAUUAUAUUAUAAAUCAUACAUGUGAGGAAGCUCUGAAGAAGUUUGAUCACUACUCUGUAAAGGAAUAUCUGCGAGAAGAAACCAAUUUGAGUUUAGAAGCCAUUAGGAUGAUGGGAGACAUCCUGAAUGAAAACAGCAUCAUGGCCAACGCUCUGACUGAGAUGGUUUACCUCAUGAAUGACGUCAACGACUCUGUGGUAUACAGCGAAGUGACUGGAGGGACAGAUCUAAUCCCCAAAGCUCUUUACAAAACUCUCAAAAAGGACACAGUCAAAGUAAACUCUACAGUCAAGAAAAUCUACCAGUUUGAGAAAAAAGAUCGAGUCGUGGUGUCGUAUCAGUCUGACCAAACAGACGGUCUUUCUAAUAUUACAGCUGAUGCUGUUCUGGUAACAACCACUGCCAAAGCAGCGCUCUUUAUUGAUUAUGAUCUGCCUCUCUCCGCCUCCAAGAUGAAGGCUCUGAGGUCAAUCCACUAUGGAGGCUCCACCAAAGUUGUCCUCACCUUCAGUGAAAAGUUCUGGGAGAAAGAAGGCAUCUAUGGAGGAAAGAGCGUCACUGACCGACCCUCUCGAUUCAUCUACUACCCCAGCCACAGCUUUCCAAGAAACGAUAAGAUCGGCGUCCUCCUGGCUUCCUACACCUGGGCUGAAGACUCCAAUCUCCUCCUGAGUUUGAGCGAUGAGGAUCUGAAAGAGUUGGUCCUGAACGACUUGGCAUUGAUCCACAGCGACCAGGUCAAGUCCCUCUGCACCGGCAUUCUGGUGAAGAAGUGGAGUCUGGACCCCCACAGUCACGGCGCCUUCGCUCUCUUCACUCCUUACGAGCACCUGGAGUACAAUGCGGAGCUCCAGAAGAAUGAGGGCAGAAUUUAUUUUGCUGGUGAACACACAGGCUUCCCCCACGCUUGGAUUGAGACGGCUAUAAAAUCUGCAAUCCGAGCAGCCAACCACACAAAUACUGAUGCAAAGAAACACCUAAACUCGGCCAGAGAUGAGCUGUAA